CAGCUCGUCCGGCUCCCUGCUGUCAACCCGUCCACUGAUGAAGAUGGUUGCUGCUGGUGUUCAGGUCCUGUGGGCUGCCACCCUGUGGAUGCUUCCUCACACGAGAUCUGCUGCUGCUGCUGUUGUGCUGUCAGCCUCCACAGAUCCUCUCAACAUGACACAGCCGGGCUUCAGGAUGCUGACCGGCGCCGUCGGCUGGUCUCGCAGCAGACGUAGACGAGCGGUUUCACCCAGGGACGUAAAGGCACUGCUGGAUUACCACAACCGGGUCCGAUCCCAGGUUUUCCCCCCUGCGGCUAAUAUGGAGUACAUGUUAUGGGAUGAAGGUCUCGCCAAGUCAGCCAGCUCCUGGGCUUCACGAUGCGUUUGGGAUCACGGUCCAACGCAAGCCUUAAAAUAUAUGGGCCAAAACCUUUCCAUCAGCUCAGGAAGGUACAACUCCAUCACAGACCUGAUCAGAUCCUGGUCUGAAGAGAGGAAUCAUUUCUCCUACCCCAACAGAUGCAGUGGAUCUGUGUGCUCUCACUACACUCAGAUGGUCUGGGCAAGCACCAACAGAAUGGGAUGUGCUGCCAGGAAGUGCUCCAACAUGCGGGUGUUUGGGAGCACAUGGAGGGAAGCAACGCUGCUGGUCUGCAACUACUCCAUAAAGGGAAACUGGGUGGGAGAGGCUCCCUACCAGAGGGGGAAGCCGUGCUCUCUCUGUCCGUCCAGCUAUGGAGGGUCCUGCUGGAGGAACCAGUGCUCACCAAAAACCAAGAGCCAAUGACCCAGGAUGGAAG